AUGAACAACUCCACCAGUGGAUUGCCGGGAAGUACCUGUUUUUACUUGGAUCGAUUCCAGCUCUUCAGAAUGAAACCACUGAACACUGAGUACAUUAUAAAUUGUACUCUUAACGGGCUGUUCGCCAUCGCGGCGAUACUAGGUAACGGCUUGAUUUUGCAUGCUCUGAGGAAAUCUGCUGCCCUUCGUCCGCCUUCAAGGGCUUUGAUGUACAGCCUUGCUGCUUCUGAUAUCGGUGUGGGAUUAACUGUUCAGCCAUUUUAUGUCAUAUACAAGACCGCCGAACUGAUGAACAAUCGUGAGCUGUACUGUGUCACCGGAAUCGGAUUCCAUUUAUCCGCUAACGUGUUUUCUGCGGUGUCAUUCUUGACAAUUACUGCCAUUUCGGUAGAUCGUUUGCUUGCUCUUCAUCUUGGUUCCCGUUACCAGUCUACUGUAUCGUUAAAACGGGUUGCCGCAGUUAUUAUAUCUAUCUGGACGCUAACGGGCUUGUGGCUGUUCCUGUGGUUUUGGAACAUAAUAAGUUAUCAAUUGUUCAACAUCACCGUUGUCAGUAUUUGCUUGUUCAUCUGCUUACUCGCUUACUUGUGGCUCUGGUUCAAGCUUCGUCGGUUGCGUAUUCGAGCCAUGGCACGAUGGAAGGAGGAAGAAGAGAGCAGUUUCGCGAGUACCCCAAGAUUCGGGGUCCAGAAAAGAUCUGUGAUAAACAUGUUUUACGUUUAUUUGCUGAUGUUUGCUUGCUAUGUUCCGUAUCUGUCCAUGUUUGUGGUUAUACAAACCACUAAAGUAAACUCGACAAAAAUUGCCGCCUUGAGUUAUACGAUGACUUUGUUGUUCGCGAAUUCAGCGUUUAAUCCUUUCUUAUAUUGCUUUCGUAUAAAAGAGAUCAGAAAAGAAGUACUUGCUGCAAUUUUUUGCAAAUGACAAGAAAAAAGAAAGAAAACGAUGGGAAAAUAUUUAGCUAUUAGGCUUUCAGGAUGUAAACAGAACUGAAUACGGUACACUGUUUGCCACUGAUGAUCUUUAUUGGUCAUAAGAUGAAACUACAUAUCCUAAGAUUUCCUUUUUUUUAAAUGUAAACGAUAAAAAUAUAAACUUAAGAUUAAUUUUUAAAACCUAAUUAUCCUAUGGUAAGUCACUUUUGAAAUUUAAGCUAUUUGCAAAGGCGGACAUGGAACGCUUGAAGUAUUACACUGUCCGGCGCAUGAUAAAAAAAAAAAAAAAUUUAAAAAAAGAGAGAGAAAGAGAGAGAGAAAUUCGGAAAUGAGUGACAUAACAAGAUAGAAAAAAAAUUAACUGAUUGCCUUUUGUGUUUGUUACAUGAUGAUAUCGCUUGCAAUCUUAUCGAAAGCGGUUGUUUCUAGAUAGGUUUUGCUGCGCUAUUAUAUUAUUUCCUUCCCAGUUAUCUAUAGGGUCAAUAUAUCUAUGAGAUAAUGGAAGUUCCUUUAAAAUUCUACACAUUUGUAAAUUGUUGCUGUUGAUGAUUCUUAUUUGUUUCUUUUAAAGGUUAACCACUUUAAGUAAGAUUAAAUGAAGGAAGGAAGGGAUUUCAAUAUUACUUUUACACAUUGACAAAAGAAUUCGUCUGUCUGACCUUACAAGACGUUAUUGCAGGAAUAUUAUAUAUACAUCAAAUUGCCCUUUACUGAAUUAUUUGAUACUGAUACUUAUGGGGUUGUAGAAGAAAGGAGAGUCUUCCAGUCAUAACUGCCUUUUCAUCUAAGAUUAAAAUUAAGUAUGAAACAGAAAAGUAUAUAUAUGUGUUAAAACUAAUAAAAUGGACAAAUUUAAUAAGAAGUGGGCUCUGCCUUUGGACUCUGUACCCCAGUGACGUGUGUAUUUAGAAUGUAAUUUUCAUUUUCGUAUAGUUACUUUACCAUUAAAAUUCAUAUUGUAAUGUAAUGUAGUGCCUUGGUAACGUAUUGUAAUGUAAUAUCAUGUUCUGCCAUGUAACGUUAGUAUUAUAACGCUGUGGAGUAUUUAAUAAAAGUUUGAAAAGUUAAAAAAAAAAACACUUUAAGUUAGAUUUUGUUCGCCCCUAUUUUUUUUCUUUUUUCAACGUCGAAACUGUAGUACAUCUACAGCAGAAACCCGAUUCUUCGAACCAUUUUGGGAUGGUAAAGUUGUUCGAAUUAUCGGAAGGUUUAAAAAAUCUCGAGUAAACCUACGGUGUUUGAAUGGUGUAGGGAAUUGUAAUGUUUUUUAUCUCACGAAUUGGUUCAUUGUUGUCCGCGAUGUUUCCGCCAAAAAAAAGGAGAAAGAAAAGAAAGGAAUAUGGGUGCAUCUUCUAGUGGACAGGUGAUAACACCGAAAAAAGGAAAAAGCUUAUUUGAGAUUCAAAGUAGGAGCGUGUUUCAGAUUGAAAUUAGCUACGAAUUUACAGAAAUCAAAAUCUAUAUGCAAUUUCAAGAACAAUAUGACGGAACUGGAGGCGAUGAACGGUUUUCAACCUGAAACAUGGAAAGUAACAAAAACCAAGAAAAGUACGAAAAUAUUGAGAAAUGUAAAAGUUUGUGCGGCCAACAACGUAAAUACCAGUAAGGCGAUGAAAGGCCCUUGAUGGAAAAUUAAGAAAGCAAAGAAAAUAGCAGAAAUAGAGGAAAUUUCGCAAGGCCAUUAAAACAAGUUAACAGGAAAAUUCGAAUGGGGGAUGAAAUGCUGUCGACGAAACAACGAAAAUUUCCAAAACUACAUAAAUAAUAAUAAUAAUAAUAAUAAUAAUAAUAAUAAUAAUAAUAAUAAUAAUAAUAAUAAUGACUUUAUUUUAGUGUCAAUGAAUUUAGCUUAACAGUUAGCUACGAAAAUAAUAAAAAUUAAAGAAAAAAAUUGCGACGUCAUCAACAAAAUUUGACGGGGAAAUGCAAAUGAGGGAGGAGGGAAAAAAACGAAGAAGAUUUCGAACAUGCACUACAAAACUCGAGAAUACAAUAAAAUUUUGCGAGAUCAACGAAAUUAAUUGGCAAGAUAAUUAUACACUUGGAGAGUCUACCAGACUCGCGUUUGUCAUUCUCAAAUCUUUGAUUGGAAACAAUUUGUCAGACACUCUAUUAGUAACUUUCUUUCUCUUUGGGGCCGAGUGAGACUCAGUCCACAAACAGGCACCCGACAUCCCAAGCGGGUUAUCAUGCUGGUGUAGAACUUCUACAUCCCGGGGGAUCGGGUAAGACGAGUGAAUCAAUGGCCAGCUUAUCCCCGGCCAAGACUGAGCCAUAAUGGUUCUUGCCCUGGCAGAACAUAGACGAUCACAGAAAGUUCGCAGUUCUAUAAACUACCUUUGUGGAACAGAGUAAUUUGUUCAAAUUGAUGACCAUAUUUCAAAAUCUGUGUGAGCUUUGGCUUAGGGACCCCACAAGGCUCAAUCAGAGAUCCACUAAUUUUCAUCAUAUAUGUGGCUGAUUUGCAGGAAAACUAUGACUGUCCUUCCCAUCGAUACAACCAAUAAUAUCAAGCAUCCAAACCCGGUGAACUUGCCUUUUGCUUUACCUGUUGGGCAAACGAAACAAGCCUAGUCCUAAAUCCUACUAAAAUAAAGUACAUGCUAAUGUUCUUCCUAUCAUAAAAUUAACAACAAUUACAUUGACCUUAUAGUUGGAAGCAUUUCUUUCGAACGUGUAUCCUCAGCAAAACUUUUAAGGGAUCCAUAUUGGCUACUCUUGAAAUCUCAAUGAAAUUCGAGGAAUUUUCUUGCAUUUAAUAUUCGCAAACAGCUAGUUCAAGCCUUAGGUCGACCUCCCUUUUUUCCACUUGUUUCACGUACAAAUACGGCACUGCAAACGGCAAACGCGAGGCUCAUGUUGGCAACUUAACCUAGCCUCUGAAUUGAGGAACCAGCAAAAAGUGUCCAACAAAUUAAUUCUUUUGGAAGAACUUGUCAUGAAACCACAUAUUAUUUUGCAAAUAUAAUAAAUAGUAAAUUUAAAGUUAGAGGAUAACUUGGUGACGUAGUUCAAAUUAACGUUUGCCGGUUGCAGUAAACGCGAUUCUAAAUCUCUCCAAUGUCAACCAAGAAACCGUCAAGGGUAUAAUUUAAAAAUAAGCCUUUAUUCAAUCUGAAAUACAAUUGAAUACAGCACGAGCAUUUACAAUAUUGGUAGUCUUUACACUAGAGCCUAAAUAAGCUAAGAAAUGUUUCAAGACAAGAAAAUUUUAAUUAAUUCAAGUAAAAUAAAGCCUCACACACAACUGAUCAAUCUGUUUUACUUCAGGUUAACUUCAGGUUAUUUUCCCACGCAACAUGAUUAAGAUCGCCUUUUUCAAAGUUCAAGAAACCGCAAGUAACCGCAAGUCUGCUAAGUCAUUCAUAAGGAUGGUUUUCAAGUCGCUUGAAACUUUCUUGAAUCUUUUCAACUUUCCGACUUUACUGCGCUUUUCACAAACAUGCGAAUUCUGAAGUUCAAAAGCCAACUGACCAUUGCGUUUUUCGCUGCCGUCAAUCAUCUUAACGGACCUCUUAGGAAACAAAACUUUACUUUAACGGGUUCAAAAGGUCAAGGUUUGUGAUUUGUGAUUGGUGGAUUUCGAUUAGUGUGUUUUUGUGUUUCAAGGUUCGUUCCUUGUGAUCGUAAUUAUGAUUGACGGCGUAGCCUGAAAUUCAUCCGAUUGCUUCGAGUCGUUUUCUCUUCUCAACAACGUCUGAAUCGACGGGCCGUUAAUGCCGUCCAGUGACGUCACUCACUACCCGAAAACCGGGUAGUGAUUUUGAUUGGUUGAUUGUUUAAACAUUCGCAUAAUUAUGUAUAAUUAUGAAAAAUUUUGGCGCGAUUGUCGCUUGAUAUUCAGCAGAUCGCAUCCCCGGCAUUCUUUCGUUUAGUUCAAACAUUUCGAUAAGCUUAAUCUUUAUCUUAACCAGCAAAAUUGCCCUUGUCUUCGAAACUGAAGUGCUAAAUUGAACUGCGAAUGAAGAAUCAUUGCGGAGAGUGGGUAGGUUUUUCAUUUAGAGCCGCUUUGUGGUUUCGGCGGCCGGUGAUUUUGUUUACGCGAAGUUUUCUGAGAUCAAUGUUAUAAUUCGACCUUCUUACUAUUUUUACCGUCAAGUGUAAUAAUUCUGUUAGCUUUUCUUUCUUGUCUCCUUUUUCUUCGUUAAUUAAAGCAAAUCAUUGUGUUUUUGAACUAAGUGUUCCGUGUGUGUGUUUAUUUCAUUUGCGUGAUUGCGACCGAGUUUGAUAUUUAUAGAAUUUAGUACAACCGGUUCAGAGUUGUACUGCAUGCAGUUGAUAGUUUGAACGUUAAACAUGAAUUACAAUCGAAAAAAAUAAAGCAGUCCUGUAUCAUGCAGACAUUUCCAAACGAUAUUUCUCGGUUUGCCACUUGAAAGUCGUGUUUUACUUUUUGUAUGAAUUAAAGCAAAGGUCAAGGACUAGUGACGUCACUGGACGGCAUUAACGGCCGGUCGAUUCAGACGUUACUGAGGGAGUAAUAACGACUCGAAGUAAUCGGAUGAAAUUCAGGCUAUGACGGCGGCGAAAAACGCAAUUGCGAAGGCGGCUUUAGAACUUGAGAGUUCGCAUGUUUGUGAAAAGCGCAGUAAUGAGAUGCAAAGUAAAGUUACUUGAGAUUUUACUUAGGCCUUCACACACGAAGUUUUGGUUAAGUAAAACUUAGCAGCUCCUAAGUCUUACUUAACAGCCUAGUGUAAAGACAACCAUUGACUAAACGGACAAAAACUGACACUGGAAACUUACUUCUGUCACCGGUUUCCUUGGCCUGAAUUUCAGACAUUACCUCGAGUCGCUUGGCUCAGUUACUGAGAGAGUAAGCAACUCGUGGUAAAGUCAGAAAUUCAGGCUACGGUACUUUUCCCGAUAACAAUAAAUCUCUGGUUUGAAACUGUAACUAGAACUGAAAAUUAAACUGACUGUGGACACUAAUUUACUGACUGCAUAUAACAAUCGUUACGGUAAAGCUGGUUAUGGCUGAUGAUCCUCUCUUAACGGAAAAUUGUUCGUAACAGAGCAAACCAAAACGGUAACAGCGUAAACGCUCAACCGAUGAGAAAACUCCUGUAAAAAUGCGGUUUUCUACAAACUGCAACUACACACGAGAUAACCGUACGCGUAACUGAAGUACUAAUCGCACCUCAAACCAAUUCUGUUUCUCAUUGUUAUUCAAAAGCCAGACAGCGAUAAGCACAGACAGUUAUGCCGAAUUAUCAAAGUGCAUUGCAAUCCGCGGUGCACGAUGGACGCCGGCUUCACAAAAGUUUAUUGUUUUCAUGACGGUUCACUUUUGGUAACCAAACGUUUUUUCUUUUAAUGCUUGGCCCAGGUAACCUGCACAAACCGGUGAACUGUCCACGAAUUCCUCCAGGUUUGGGGGUUUGUCUUUGAGACCUGGGACAACCUGUUUUGCUCAAUCGGUACAGGCGGGUAGACUGUCUUCAAUUUCCUGACAAGUUUGGGAACCUGGAUUUACGUCUGUAAUGACUUUACCCGCGCAAUGCGCACUGACUAUAGGAUGGUUCAUCAUACUGUAGUUUAAUGUUUGGCCCUCAGAAUCUGUGUGUAUCUCCACAUCGAAGUCUCCAUGGUGAUCUAAUGUUCCCAAUACUCCCUCUAACAUUUUGGUCAGUGGACUAUCCAUUGGAUCUGCGUGAAUCUCUUCCACGGUGUCUUUUCUUGAGAAACUUUAAGUGCGCGUUGCAGCUGCUGAUUUUUUCGUUUUUGGCGAUAAGUUUUUAGGUUCUGGGUGUACCUCCAUAAUGAAUUCAUGAUGCGUGUAAUCCUGGCGUUCUUCUUUUGAUCUUGCCUCUGUAAGACUGUUUGGGUAAGGCACGACUUCAUUUCGAGCGUAUGUUCCGCUUCUCUUUUCGUGAGAUUUAUUGUCGAUUUUCUUGCCUUUUUCAGCUCCUCCUACAUUCCCUUGUUCCCUAUCACGUAGCUGUCGUUUGGUUUCUUGGAAAGUGCUUUUUCCACAGGGAUCUUGAAGAAGUUGGUUUAGUGCAAGGCGAAAGCGUCUAACUCGAAAACAAUAGAUGACAGGGUUAAUUGCGCUGGAAAUAAAAAUGCUAAUGUAGGCUAAGUGAGGUGCCCAGGCUUUAAUAUCUGUGGAGUUAGUGGAACGAACCCAGGCUGCAAUGACGGUGGGCGGAAUGUAACAAGCAAGGAAUGCGAGCACAGUGAUGAUCACAGUUUUGGUCGCCUUGAUAUCCUGUUGAAGUCUAGUUUCGGCCUGGAGUCGAGGCAGGUUAAGUUUCUUUCUCUAUGGAAUAAUUAAAAAACAGCGCGCAUCAUUACUAUCAACUUCAUUUUUGAAAAAUUUCGAGUGUUAAUUAAGUCUACUUCGUCAAUGAUCGGUUAUUUCGGUCCAGGAAAAUUGAAAGCUGGAUUCGGAAGGCUGAAGAUCCAAAUACAGGGGCAAAACAAUUCACAAAUGAUCAGAACAUUUUGCUACAUUAAGAAAUAGGAGAUUUGAAUAGGGAUCCUACUGUGAGGGUACAUUUUUUCAGUUGAAUUUUUCACUAUUAGGUGAAAAAACUGAAAAUCUAAUCUGUUUCGAUGAAGGUUACCUCUGCGAUAGCUCCGGCACGGUUCCGGUUUUAGUUGCUACAGGUAAUUUAUAAACAAUUGAACUCAUACAAUGGAACUGUAACUUGUAAUUUGCUUUAUGGUUUCGAAAGAUGAGGCUAAAAGUUUUUUUAACAAAAUUAUUUUUCUCACCUGCCGUUUUCUUCUUCGAAUUGAGCAGAAAGUCAGGAAGCCGAAUACUGCUGUGGCGACCAUGAAGGCUGCGAUGAUGCCUGCCUUGUAAUAUCUGGUUUUAAUGGAAAAAGAACGGCGAUAGCUGAAAACGGGAACAUCUUUUAAGUCGACAUCAUGACUGUGAUACCACGACGACAAAACGGCACUUGUAAGACAGACUAGCCAUUCAACCAGGACUAUAUUCUUAGCCUUUUCUUUGGUCUUCCAGGUGAAAUAUUUCAGGUCAAGGGCCACCGCCAGAAACACAUUCACCAUCAUCACCAACAUGGAAACUAAAUUGAGGAAGAGAAAGAGGUGAUGUGGGAAAACCGAAAUAGUCGCUAAUAUCUUUCCCUUCAUCCAAUCGACGCUCAGCACACCCCAAAGAAAGUACACUGGUACGUUGAUGAGUGCGUUAAAUAUAUCAGCAAACGCAAGGUUGGCAAUCAGAAUGUUUGGAAAGGUGCAAAGCUUCUUAAACCGAGCAAUGACAGCAAGGACAAAACCAUUUCCAAGGGCUGCGAAGAUAGCCACUAAUGGCAGAAGUAUAAGCAUGGAGAUUGUGAUGGAGGAGAAAUUUUCGACGUCCAUGAUGAUUUCUUAGCCACGUAUUAAAAUCGGAGUGUCACUGGCCAUCAUGCAAUGAGAGGUAUUACUGCUUUAUACUUAUGUAUUUUUCAAAUUGUGUUCCUGUACAACUGACGUUUUCCCUACAUUCAGACAAUAAAGGGAUUAAGAGUAGUAUUUUUGACUCACAGAUUAAUCAAACUUUUGUGAAAAGUAUCAAGUCUUGCGAUCCAAGUAUAGUGUAAAGUUUCUUGUACAGCUGAUAUUUUUCCUACUGUUUAACAAUGAGCGACUCUGUAAAUUAUUUUGAGAAUACCUUAUAUGGUUCAGAAUUUUUUCAACAAUGGUAACUUGUGAUUUUCCUCUCUGUCUUUAGAUCUCAAAAGUUUAAGGGUUUAUGAUUAGAAAGAAUAAAAAAAAAAGCAUAUACAUAGUCCUAAUUUACGAAACAAAUCGGUUUUCCGUGAUCCUAUUUUCUUCUCAGUCGUGGUCUACACGUUUAUAUCCUCACAUAUCACCUUCAGCAUUUUAAUUUUAACAAAUUGACAAAAAAAAAAGGGAAAGAAAAAAUUGACAAAUUGGGUUUGUUUUCCUUUUUUCACCGAAAAACUACUGCCAAAAUUUCAUCCUCCUGGUUCACUCACAUCAGAAUGAAGCGAAUUAUUGACACUUUGAAACAUACCUUCGUAAGUAUUUUUCCUUUGUGUAUUGGUUCCUAGCAAGUGCUGACUAUGUUUUUUUUCCCACAGUCAGUGCAUUUCACUUAAAUCCGUUCGGCACAAUAAAGCGAAAUAUUGUGAUUGCGAUACUGCGUCGCUACAGAAUUCAAAUAUUAAUAAAAUAAUUAUCGCCGCUUAAACAGUGAGGUAAGGUAAGGUAUUCUUUUUUUAUGCACGGUGUUACAAAUUCAUAAGGCAUGAAAUAUUAUAAAACAUUUAAAAACCUUAAUUAUAUUUACUGGGUUCCGCUAAAUACAGUAUUAUAAUUAUUCAGGAAGACUAUUCCAGCAGAACAGCAUCACUGCAGCGAAAACUAUUACGGAGAUAAUUUGUGUGUGGCUGUGGAAUAGUUAAUUUAUUUACAGAAUCUCGCAAAGUGUAUAAAGUGGUAUUAGUAAAAUCCAACUAGUGGUCUAUUAUCAAUGCUGCGUUCUGAUUGGUUGAGCUACUACUAGGCUAUAUGUUAUAGCCCCUAGUAGCGAAAAGCGCCGGCUUUUUGGCGGCAAAAAAGGAUUAAAGUCUAGCUUUAACUAGCUAAAAUGUUUUCAUUCUCCAUAUUUUUGACCAACUAGUUGGAUUUUACUAAAACAAUUAUUCCUGUCGCCCUCAUGGCCUCUAAGUCAAUAGCCCAUUUGGCCUUCGGCCUCAUGGACUAUUGACUCGGAGCCCUUUCGGGCUCGACGAAUAAUUGUUAAUUAGAUCGAGCAAUAAGUUUCGAGGUUAGGUACUCAGGAGCAAGGCCAUUAAGGGAUUUAAAAACCAUUAAGGCUUUUUGGAUAUCACGCUGAGUAGUAAGAUUUUUCCAAUUUAAAUUUUGGAACAGCUGCAGUGCAUCUGCGUCAUAGCUUGAGAAAGUUAGAGUUUGUGCUGCAUGAUUUUGGAUUUUUUGAAGUUUUGGCUGCUAGUUUUAUGCCACAGCUUCCACAAACAACAUUAGGAAGUUUACGCAACGACGAUGACGAAGGCAACGAGAACGCCAAAAAACCAGUAGGUUUAGACAUAACGAGCAAAACAACAACUUUGUACGUGCAUCACGCC